GCCAAGUUUCUUCCCAAGUUCGCUUCCAAAACUUGACUCAUGAUUUGGUUUCCAUGAUUUGCUGUUGCUAGUUCAGUGAUAUGGUAUAGCUUGGGAACUUCACACUAUCAGCAAAAGACAAAAAAAAAAACCAACUAAGCAAAAUAUGGACAAAGACAUAUUCCUUAAUUAACAAAAGGAACAUGCAGAUGCAAUCCAGCAAUUACCACUACCUAACCUAACUAAUCUCAAUUAAUAAUAUAAUGACACCUCACCUAAAACAAAUCAUGUUAAGCUAAUUACUGUUAGAUAUAUAUAGAUAAAUAAACUGAGCACAGGAAGAGCAUCUCGGUUCCUAGAACAUCUAAAGCAUCAUGUUCCCUCUCUCUCUCUCUCUCACAUACUUCACCAACUAUCUUUCCUUCCUCACGUGAUUCACCUGGAUUCACCUGACAUUUAACACAUGACACAUGCAAAUCACCAAUUAGCACCACCUAACCGGACUAAAUAUCAAAUAAAAACUACACAUCCUUUAAAACUGAGGUAAGUUAAUAGAUAUAUAGAGAGAUAAACAGAGAAGAGGAGGAGCAUCUAAAAUCAAAAGAAGCGACUUUUCUUCUAUAUAAUUUGGGAAAAAGACUCACAAAUUUCUUCUUUUCCGCUCUCUUGAGAAAAUGGGGUCCAAGUUUCAUGCUUUUAUGUACCCAUGUUUUGCUUUUGGUCAUAUGAUCCCAUAUCUUCAUCUAGCCAACAAACUAGCUGAGAAAGGUCAUAGCAUAACCUUCUUGCUUCCCAAGAAAGCUCAGAAACAGCUUGAAUCCCUUAACCUGCACCCAGAGAGCAUUUGCUUCCAUCCUCUUACUCUUCCUCCUGUUGAAGGUCUCCCUGUUGGCGCAGAGACAACCGCAGAUCUCCCACCAAACACAACUGGGAAACUCAUAUCCGAUGCCAUGGAUCUAUUACGCGAUCAAAUCGAAGCAAAGGUUCGUGUUUUGAAACCAGACCUAAUAUUCUUUGAUUUAGUUCCUUGGGUUCCAGAAAUGGCCAAAGAGUUUGGAGUCAAGAGUGUGAGUUACCAGAUUGUAUCCGCAGCUUGUGUAGCUGUUGCUCUUGCACCUGGUGUUGAAUUAGGGUUUCCUCAACAGCCUGGUUAUCCUUCUUCGAAAGUGGCUUUUCGUGGGCACGACGCCAACCUCUAUUCUAUCUUCACGAACUCCCACAAACGUUUCUUUAGUCGGAUCAUUACAGGGCUUAAGAACUCUGACGUAGCUUCCAUAAGAACAUGCGCGGAAAUCGAGGGUAAAUAUUGCAGUUUCAUCGAGAGAGAAUGUCAGAGAAAAGUUCUUUUGACCGGUCCAAUGUUCCCUGAGCCGCAAGAAAAGAGUGUUAAACCAUUAGAAGAUCAGUGGAAUCAGUGGUUAAACCGGUUUGAACCGGGCUCGGUAGUGUUUUGUGCGUUGGGCAGCCAAACCAUUUUAGAGAAAGAUCAAUUUCAAGAACUCUGUUUAGGGAUGGAGCUAACUGGUUUACCAUUUCUGGUAGCAGUUAAGCUGCCAAGAGGCUCUUCAACAGUUCAAGAAGCUUUACCAGAAGGGUUUGAAGAACGGGUUAAAGGGCGUGGAAUCGUUUGGGGAGGAUGGGUGGAACAACCUUUGAUAUUGUCUCAUCAGUCAGUAGGUUGCUUCGUGAACCAUUGUGGAUCCGGUUCAAUGUGGGAAUCUCUGGUUAGUGAUUGUCAAAUUGUGUUUAUUCCUCAGUUAGGUGAUCAAGUUCUCACCACAAAAUUAUUGAGUGAGGAACUAGAAGUUUCUGUGAAAGUUCAUAGAGAAGAUUCAGGAUGGUUUUCCAAAGAGAGCUUGAGAGAUGCAGUUAAAUCCGUGAUGGAUAAAGAUAGUGAGACUGGGAAUUUAGUGAAGAGGAAUCAUAUGAAACUGAAAGAGACUUUGGUUAGUCCUGGAUUGUUGAGUGGUUAUGCUGAUAAGUUUGUUGAAGCAUUGGAGGCUGAAGUCAACAACACAAAAUCGUCUUGAAUUGAAUACUUUUUAUAUUCUAAUGUAACGUUUCUUAUGUAUUGAAAUAAAUGUUUUAAUGGUGUUUUACAUUCUUAAUAUGAUUUUCGAAUAA